GACUGGUACCUCACCCUGCAGAUGACAAACUACAUCUCACCAUCAAACUCCAUACUUGAGAAGUUAAAUCGUUUGUAUCAUACAUUUGGUUGAAUUUGUUUAAAUAGCCAGAUUUUACCCAUCAAGAUGGUACUACCUUCAGCUAACCAUUUGAGGAUUACACAAUGCAUCUUAAUAUUUGCCAUCUCGGGUUCCCUGUCAGUGCCCUACUCAGUCACUCCAGCAGGUAUGAGCACCACCCCAACAAACAAAAUGGUAUUCCAGAUGGACAUAAAGAUCACCAAUCUGGUCUUCAAUGACUCCCUAUUGAAUCCCAAUUCCGAGGACUACAAGAAAUUGUAUGGCGAGGUCAGCCAACUGCUUGCUGAUGCCUACAAGUCUCCCUCAUCCGGAACAGCAUCCACUUAUGAGGGCGUUGCAACAAUGACUUUCAGAAAUGGAUCAGUGAUAGCAAACGCUGACAUAGUUUUCAACACAACGCUUAUCAAUGGAGUUGUGGUCAAGUUUGAUUUCCUGAAUUAUAUCGAUGCCAAUCCUUCUGCCCUUCUCCAGAUAGAUACAAAUUAUAUUGAAUCAGAAACAGUUGCGGCUCCAACCUCAACCAUAACCACCCCCACCUCAACCAUAAUCACCCCCACCACACCCACUACAACAAUAACUCACAUGACUGCAACCACUACUAACCCACUAACAACCACACCAUUGGCUACAAAUACAACUAUGAAAAUUCUUACAACUUCUACCUCAUUGGCUCCAAAUAUAACUGCGACAAUUCCAACCACAACCACCCUGUUGGUUACAAAUAUGACUAUGAAAAUUCCAACAAAUUCCACCACAUUGGCUCUAAAUACAACUAUUAACAUUCCUACAAAUUCAACUCCAUUGGUUCUAACUACUUCUACGAAUAUUCCUACAAAUUCCACUCCAUUGGCUCUAACUACAUCUAUAAACAUUCCUACAAAUUCCACUCCAUUGGCUCUAACUAAUUCUACAAAAAUUCCUACAAAAUUCACCUCAUUGGCUCCAAAUAUAACUGCGACAAAUACAACAAUGAAAAUUCCAACAAAUUCCACCACAUUGGCUCUAAAUACAACUAUUAACAUUCCUACAAAUUCAACUCCAUUGGUUCUAACUACUUCUACGAAUAUUUCUACAAAUUCCACUCCAUUGGCUCUAACUACAACUAUAAACAUUCCUACAAAUUCCACUCCAUUGGCUCUAACUACUUCUACAAAAAUUCCUACAAAAUUCACCUCAUUGGCUCCAAAUAUAACUGCGACAAUUCCAACAACCACUCUAUUGUCUAAAAAUACAACUAUGAACAUUCCAGCAACUUCCUCCCCAUUGGCUACAAAUACAACUAUGAAAAUUCCAACAAAUUCCACCCCACUGGCUCCAGCUACAACUACCAAAAUUCCAACAACCCCAUUGGCUUCAACUACAACAACAACAUUUCCAACAACUUCCACCCCAUUGGCUCCAUCUACAAUUACGAAAGAUCCCUCUUUUGACAAAACCACACAAGAUCCAAUUACCGUAGUAACCUUCUCUUCCACUAAAGGCAGCGGAAAGAGAAACAAUAGUGUACUCCCUACAUCCAGUCCUACAAAUAUGUCAUCUUCAAUGACAACUGGUGGUUCAGGAGGACACUACAAGACUAAUACAAUUCAUCCACCCACCACAAGUCAUGGUGCCAGUCCUUCACCUGGGACGGUGGACCCAGAAAAAAACAGUAAGAGACCACACAUCUCCCCAUCUGGUGGUUUAACCAACCGUCCGCUGAAGCCUUCCAUCGUGCCUCAGUCAAGCACCACAACUAAAUCUAGCACAACUGCCAACGCAGCAUCCAGGGAUAAUGGUGGUGGGUUCAGUGACUGGGUACCGGGAUGGGCCAUUGCGCUGUUGGUGUUAGCCGCUGUCAUCCUGCUGCUCCUCAUUAUCAUCUUCAUCAUGAUGGUGGUGCGCUGGUGCUGUAAAAGGUCAGAUGGUCCAUACGCUCAUGAAAAAAAGAGCACCCCCAACAUGGACUCUUUCCCCACAUAUGUCCCCCAAGCCCCUGUACAGGAGCAACCCAAUGGCAAGACCAUUGAGACUAUCCAGGAUGACCCACGAAAGAAGAAAAAAACUGGCAUGUACAUAGUGAACCCCUGAGCAGGAAGAUGUGGAGGUGACAUACCAACAGGCAAACUCUUGUCUGCAGAACAAGAUCUGACAAAGAUGAGCUACAAGCAAAACCAUGUCACAACCUCUGUAGAUACUGUAUAGUUUGUCAGGAAUUUAGCAUGUUAUAUUGGAUGAAAAUGAUCGGAAUGAUUUCAUAUGUUUGUAUAUAUUCCACAAAUCUUGCGCAUAAACUUUGGGCAACCUUGCUAGUAUUUUUUAACUGUAUCUGAUGUCGUCAUAUUUGACCCUGUUAUGAACACAACCGGCGUCAAGCUGAUAUAUUUUUUCAGUCUGUUAUAUUCUGAUUUGUCAUUGGCACAAAUAUCUCAGAUGUUUUGCUUUGCAUCAUGUUCAACUGCUCAAUUGUAUAAUGCUAAAGAUGAAUGUUAAAUCAAAUAUGAAAAUCAGAGUUCCUUAAUUGGUCAGAUAUUUGAAUCGGGAGUUUACAGCAAUGAUGUAUAUGAGCCCUGGAUUGCAGAUGCUAUGUGUUGGCCAUUGACAGGCUUUAAAGCCACCAGUCUGCCAAUUUGGCACUCCCCAGUAGGAGCAGUCCUUCAUAGGAAUACAUGGAAUUCUACAGUAUUUCAAUUAAAUAUUUCAGGGACAAAAUGACAUGUAUUUAAAUAUUUGUUUAUUGUUGGGACAGUAACAUUGGUGAUCUGAAAAAAAUAUACUUUAAACGUUUUUCUAUAUUUUAUUUGUAUGUUUAGCUCACAUAAUACAAUGUAAAAGUAUGCAAUAAGGUGUCUGAAAUAGAAUAGCUGUGGCAAAAACAAUUUUAGAAAUCAAUAAAUUCAUUUCUGUAGCUUCCAAAAUAUAUUUUUUAUGUUGAGGGAGUGCCAAGAUGGAGGCAUGGUGGCUUCAAUAGAGCCGCCAAAACAGUAUUCUAGUGUGUAUAUAUAAAUCAUUGACUUACAACAUGUGCAGUAAUAAUGUGACAUCUUGAGAAAUGGAAAUAGAUGUAGGUCUGAAUCUUAACUUGACUUGAGUGCCCAUUGAUGUCAAUGGAAGAUUUUCAAAAACUCCAGUUCCACGCACAGAUCUCAAGUUAGGAUUUGGGACUUGAGAAUUACAUAUGUAAAUAGGAGUACAUUUCUGAGUACUGAGUUUGUAUCAUGUUAUGUACAAUUUAAUGGAAGACUUGUAAAUAAAUGUUGAGAACCAA